GGAUUAGUAUCGAGGCCCUUCGCUUGACUCGGGACAAUCGAUAUAUCCCUUUGUCGACUCAUGUUUAGGCCUUAAACCUUUCUACGAAUGUAAUUGACGGUCGACAAAGGAACACGCAUCGAUUCUCGUAACAACGGUACUCUUCGGUAUAGAGGCAGAAUAAUUAUUUUUAAUCACACGACGGACUAAACAAUCCUCAAAAAGAUAGCAACGAUGUGGUUUUCGACGUUAAGAUCAAUCCUGCUAAUAUCAUGGCUCUCGGCACUCCUUCCGGGCACCGCCGCAGAGCCCAUGCUCAUCUCGAACUCGUUGAACGCUUGCCAGGAAGACUCCAUGUUUACGGCAAGUCUGUUCAAGGUCGUCUAUACACCGAAUAACAAUACAGCUUUCCUCAACAUUGUAGCAACAUCAUCCGUCGAAGGUAACGUCGUGUUCGACGUCGCUAUUUCAGCAUACGGUUACACGAUUAUCCAGACUACUGUCGACCCCUGUAAAGUUGGAUUGGCUGGUCUCUGCCCCAUGACUGCGGGUAAGAUUCCGCUAAAAUUCAACUUGCCUGUUGGUGAAGAAGCCGCCUCUCAGAUUCCCGGUAUCGCGUAUACGUUCCCCGACUUGGACGCCACCGUCCGCGUCUUCCUGAACUUGACUGAUACCGGCAAGAGUGUGGCUUGCGUUGAGGCCGAUAUCUCCAAUGGAAAGACGGUUGAUUUGAUUGCUGUGAAGUGGGUUCUCGCCAUUAUCGCUGGCCUGAUUCUCUGCUCCUCGGCCAUUAUCAACGGUCUAGGUCACUCGAAUGCCGCCGCUCACAUUGCUUCCGGUGCUCUUUCGUUAUUCGGCUUCUUCCAGGCCCAGGCUAUGCUCGGUCUAACUUCGAUCCAUCUCCCGCCUGUCGUUCAAUCGUGGACCCAGGAUUUCCAGUGGUCUAUGGGUAUUAUCAACGUCGACUUCAUGCAGGACAUCUUCACUUGGUAUCAGCGAGCUACUGGCGGAACACCUUCUACUAUUUUCGACUCUUUGACAACUGUUUCCGUUCAGGUCGAAAAGCGUGCCCUGUCUGUUCUCCCGGAAGCUGCCGCGGAUUUGUACCGACGAUCAGUUGCCAUUCUUCCGCGUGCUGCUGGAUCAUUGAUGAAGCGAGCCAAUGUCAUGACUGGUUCCGGUAGUUACAUCGUGUAUGGUAUUCAGCGUGUUGCCUUCAAGGCCGGCAUCGAGACGACAAACCUCUUCAUGACUGGUUUGACAUUUUUCUGUCUACUCGUAGUCUUCACUAUCGGCGCCGUUGCAGCAUUCAAGGGAAUCUGCGAGCUCGCUGUUAAGCAGAAGUGGAUGAAGCCUGACACGUUCCUCGAGUUCCGCAACGGAUGGCUUACGGUCCUUAAGGGUAUCUUGUUCCGUCUUACCCUUAUCGGAUAUCCCCAAAUGGCUAUUCUAUGCCUCUGGGAAUUCACCCAAGUGGACUCUCCUGCCGAGGUGGUUUUGGCUGUCUUCUUCAUCGUUGGAAUGUCGAUUACUCUAGGAUGGGCCGCUUCCAAGGUCGUUCGAAUUGCUCGUCGUUCCGUUGCCAUGCACCGAAACCCCGCCUACAUCCUUUUCUCGGAUCCUCAGGCAUUGAACAAGUGGGGAUUCUUGUAUAUCCAGUUCCGUGCUUCCGCCUACUACUUCAUCAUCCCGAUUCUCGGAUAUACCCUAGUUAAGGCCAUGUUUCUCGCAUUUUCGCAGGGCAAUAGUACUGCUCAGGCUAUUGGAUUCCUUCUCAUCGAAGCCGGAGCUCUGAUUGCUGCUAGCGUUCUCCGACCGUGGAUGGAUAAGAGCACCAAUUCGUUCAAUAUUGCCAUUUGUGCUAUUAACUUCAUUAACGCCAUCUUCCUCUUAAUUUUCUCGGAUGUGUUCAAUCAGCCUGCUUUGGUUAACGGUGUUAUCGGUCUCAUUUUGUUUAUCCUUAAUGCUAUUUUCGCCACUGUCCUCUUAAUUAUGGUCAUUGUUUCGACUACCUUGGUCUUCUAUCGCAAGAACCCCGAUACUCGUUACCAGUUUAUGGCUGAUGACCGAGCGUCUUUUAUGAAGUCGCAAUCUCAGCUCACUGGUACAACCGAGCUAGACGCCCUUGCCGCAACCGCUCGUGGCGACAAGGCUGGUUACAAGCCCGGUCUAGAUCUUGAUGAUGACAACGAAUCGAUCACUUCAGCCGACAUGCGCCGCCGCACGGACACCUCGACUUUGACUGUUCCUGCAGGCGGCCCCCCCGGCGGUUACAGGAACAGCAGGCCGAACCCUCCCCAGUCUCCAGUAGACCCAUCUGUGCCUCUAUUCCCGGCUAACAGUGGUUCGCAAAGAGCACCGAGCCCAUAUGGCGGUAGCUCUGCCGGGCGGUCAGUGAACAGCGGCAGCCCUCCCAGUUACAGAGCACAGAACAACGCCAGUCCUUGGCAACGAGGGGCAGGUUAUGAUCAUUAGGCAACGGUCAUAACGCCGAGGGGAGGAGGUU